ACCAUCGCAUGGCAUCGGUACGGGAGGCCCCCACACACAGCUUCGUGGAAAAGGGGGGCUUCGGCUGCUGUUGCUCUUCGAGGUGCAAGACGCUCGCUCUGUUGCUUCUGUUGUUGCCGUUUGGACCCGAGUGCCGGAGCUGCUGAGGGGCCUGCUGAUUACCUGCGUUGUUUUAUGUUUUAUCGUUCAGUUUGUAUCGAGUUCCCCUACGGUGAUGUGCUAGGAAGACCGAAACAUACAGCGUUUAGCAAGCGUUUUUGCCUACGAUCGCGGAACCCACGGAGUUGUUCGAAAACACCAUUCCAUUCCGCCAUCUCUCGCACUCGCGCAGUUUCCACCUUCAGGUUUGAAAAGUGCACCUGUCUGUAUCUCUCGCUUCCCACUAUCACUGAACACUCCCCGGACGGAGACAGGAAGUAGGAAAGGUGCCCGUCGACGUCGACCCAACAAGACCAAACAACACCAUUCUUGGAUCACUUCAGCCACCCACCACCUUGGGGGUUGCACGCUUGCAGUCUUGUUCGUGUCCAACUUUUCCUCAUCCUCCGGCAGUGGUACUUGUAACUCCUUGUUCAACAUUGACCGGGAAAGCGAGGUAGAUCAGUCAGCAGCGACGAUCGAGAGACAGAGAGAGAUUGCGCGGGGUGGAAAAACUCCAUUCGUCGAUCGGAUACAAACGGCCCAACCUGUCACACGACCGAAGUCUCGGUUAGGCGUGAGCGGACAGCGGACAGUUCCUCAACCAUUGCAGCAGCAGAGCACUCGGAAACGUUUGUCACGCCGUUCGGCUGCCAACCGGAGCUUCGAACUCCCCUUCAACCGACCAAGGUUGGAACGGAAGAAACGGAAAACCAAAAGUAUCGACUGCAAAAACCGUAGGCAAAACAGACUGCAACAAGUGAACACAACAUACACACAUAAUCAGAAAAGCGCCAGGAAAAAAUUAUAGCAAGUGAUGGUAAUCAUAGCGUAAACCGACUAACCAACGAACGACGCCGAAGUGCGCCAGGGCGGCCUCGAGAAGAAAAACGAGUGAAAUUAUAAAUAAAAAUAUGAAAAAGAAAGUGAAUUGAAUUUUAAUUCCCCCGCCCCGUUGAGAAGAGAGAGAAGCCUCGCGAAAGGGUGGACCGAAGAAAACCAAGCGCAACUGGUGUGAAAAAAGAAGAAAACCCCGACCGACAGAAGAAGCAGAAGAAGUAAAAGAAGAAAAACCAAGAGUGCAAGGGAAAUAAAGUUAAAAAUAAUUUAAUAAAGUGUGGAAAUACGUAUCAACUGCGAAAACAUGCUUUUCCCAAGCCCCUAGCGUAUGAUAAUGAUAAAGAGUGAGACCAGUGCUAGUGAGCGAGCGAACCAAGGUAACGAUUAAUCCCUGGGUGCAAAAGAAGAGGAAAAAGUUGCCGUGAAAAAAAAGCUGUGGGUGAAUGAUCCAAAGUGUUCGUAGUUUGCACGCUUUCAUGUGUCACUUUUACUCUCAAUGCUGGCGGCCCGUGUCUAGUUAAGUCUGGUUGUCUCUUGAUGGUUAUUGAUGAAGUGGCUGGAAAGCAAUUGUGAAACGUUGGUUCCUAUCUUCAGCAAGUCAACCUGCAUCAUCCACCCGCACCUUAGCGCUCUUGGGGACUGGCAGUCCAUAAUUUUUCAACCAUCCCCUAUGAAGUAAGAUGUUAGGUCCCACCAAAUGGAGACUCCUAACGAUAGUCGCCGGAAUAUUACUCGCCCAUGCCAUUGAAUCACCAAGCAGUAAAAGCAACAAACUCAAGGGCCAGGUUCGCACCUUCACAAACCCUGACCUUGGUCUUCGGAUAGAACAGAUCGAACCGUGGGGUAGCCGAACGAUCACCUCGCGCAACCUACUCGUUCCACAUGAAACCUUCUCCAACAUAGACAACGUUCGGUACAUCGACAGUCGGACGGCAAGCAGUCGUCUACUACGGAAUACCUUCGGAGCAUUUAGAUUCGCUGAACCAAAUCAGCCAUACCCGGUGCCUUUACAGCAGCCCAUUCUUCCCCAACAACGAAGGGCUAAAACCUUUCAAAACCGUCGUUCUGACGAUGGAUCCCACCAGCCAGGAGUACGAUUAGUUCAACCCGAUCCAUCUCAACUACAACCGAACGCAGAACCCCUUCCCGAGCCCCUUGCUCUUUAUCAAGAUGAAGAUCCCUACAUCCUUGGUCUUCAAAAUGUCACAAAAUCCAGGUCUAUGCGUUACAAACUCAUCCCAAUCGGAUACUUCUACCAGGAACCGAACUCACCUCCCGUCCUAACUCCCAUUCAAAACACACAACCUCCUAAGGUAACCCAAAACGAUGAACCCCACCAUGUGGUCUUCCCCACCAACAACCCCCAACAAGAUCCUGCAGCCAUCGAUCCCCAAACCAACAGCUCCCAAUCAGACUUCAAUACCAUGGGAGCCCGGAGAUCCGGAAUUCAAUUCCCCCCUGGUCCGUACAAAGUCGCCAACACCUUCACACCCCAAGGCUACAGUGAAGACAACUUUGCCUUCACCGAAAACCUAGGUGUGUACCAUCGUCCGGUACAUACCGCCGAAGACUACGACGAACAGGAUCCGUACGACACCCGACAGCAGCGAUCCCCAACGGCGGCACCCACCACCCAAGACCCAGAUUCCACUGAAAUCUCCCGCAACAUGUACGCCACUCGUUACUUCCGCGAUUUCCCACGCCCAUCGCCAACCCCCUUAGACCUCAGACCAGCCGAAUCGCUGGUCCGACCAAGCCGUCUCAUCGAGUUCCCCGGUGUGGUCAAUGUGAAACAACCCUUUCGCGACGACGUUACCAAGUUCGGCGACGUCAACGGGCCCAUAACGGCGGUUCAGCGUCCGUACAUCGAUUACGGGGACGGUAAACGGUACCGGGCCUACGAUCCGAACUACUUUGUCAGUAGUCCCUACCAGCCGAAUCAACCGUACUUCCCGUCGAAGCUGUACACCGAACCGAGCCAGAAGAUCUACCAGCCACCGUGGAAAUCGUCGCGCUCGCCGAGGGUGGUGUUCCCGCAGGGUGGCGAUCUUACCGGUCCGUCCGGGUUCGGUAUCGAUAAUGUUGUUUUCAGGGAUCAAAAUUUUGGGUUGAACGAGCUGGCUGCGAUCCAGGAUGUGCGGAACGAGUUCAACCAGGAUGACAUCACCGACGAACCGUCGACCAGCAAAGAUCGAGUUGAUCUCGCAAUCUAUAGACCAUAUGUAAUCCCACCCACCAUCCAAAAUCCCUACCCCGUGUCGAAAGCGCACUCAGUAAGCAAACUGCCAAACUACCGUGUCGUCUAUCCUCCUAAAAGAGCAUCUAGAUCUAAAGCUAGCUCGUCUGCAACUACUUCUACUACUACUACUACUACAACUACUCAUAACGCAGUUGGUGGUGAAGGUGGUAGCGGAGGCAUCGGAGGCAACGUCGCUGGCGGUGGCGCAGGAGGAGCCGGAGUUGGAGGUGGAUACCGGGGCGGAGUCCGAUCGGAGAUGCAGUGUCAACACGAGGGCGGAACGUGCGAGUUCUUCCUGCUGUGCUGGAUGUCCGGCGGGUUGCUGCAGGGCUCGUGCGGUGGGCUGCUCAAGGGUUGCUGCCACCGGACGGCCAAAUCGGCCAACAUCGGCAUCGACACCGGCAACACGGUUGACCUGACAAAUCUUCCAAAUUACGAUUACGGCCCGAUACAGAACGAUCCUAGCUGCGGUAUCUCGCUGGCGAAGCAAACGGCCCAGCGGCGGAUUGUGGGCGGCGAUGACGCCGGCUUUGGUUCGUUCCCCUGGCAAGCCUAUAUUCGAAUAGGCUCAUCGAGAUGCGGGGGUUCGCUGAUAUCGCGGCGCCACGUGGUCACCGCUGGACACUGCGUUGCCCGGGCGACACCUCGGCAGGUCCACGUGACCCUCGGGGACUACGUGAUCAACUCGGCCGUCGAACCGCUGCCGGCCUACACCUUUGGGGUGCGCUCGAUCAACGUCCAUCCGUACUUCAAGUUCACCCCGCAGGCAGAUCGCUUCGACGUGGCGGUGCUCACGCUGGAACGUACCGUGCACUUUAUGCCACACAUCGCACCCAUCUGUCUACCGGAGAAGAACGAAGAUUUUCUAGGCAAGUUCGGCUGGGCGGCCGGCUGGGGUGCACUGAAUCCCGGUUCGCGACUGAGACCAAAGACGCUGCAGGCGGUUGACGUUCCUGUGCUGGACAACAGAGUUUGCGAAAGGUGGCACCGGUCGAAUGGGAUCAACGUGGUGAUCUAUCCGGAGAUGCUGUGCGCCGGCUAUCGGGGCGGCGGCAAGGACUCCUGCCAGGGCGACUCCGGCGGGCCGCUGAUGCACGAGAAGAGCGGACGGUGGUAUCUGAUAGGUAUCGUCUCGGCGGGAUACUCCUGUGCCACUCGGGGUCAACCCGGUAUCUACCAUCGCGUCGCCAAUACCGUGGACUGGAUUUCACACAUCGUGCAGGUGUCACAGCAACAGCAAUAGCUUAGCCAAAACAGUGUAGACGAGGCGUCCCAAGCAGAGAAGAGAACCUGAGGAGAAAGCACCAACAGUCACCCACACACUUCCACAAGCAGUGAGGAGCAAGAAAAUGCACCUCAAUCACCCUCCUGACCAACAAACGCACGAACACAUUUCAAUCCGGCGUGAGCUGUUGAUCCUUGAUCCUUUGCUUUCCGGUGUUAGUUCUAUUUAUGAAACGUUGAAGCGAGUUUUACGAUUUGAGAGAAUCUUGAACAAAAGCAAAAAUUAUUUAUGUAUUUAUUGAUAUUUCCUGGUGCACUUUGAAGACAAGCUAGACGUAUUUAUGCUGAAACCCUUCUCCAGCCUUCGGUUCUAUCCUGCUGUAGCGCAAGAUCUAGUGCUUCUGUAAAGUUAAACCAUACUUUAUAAACGAGUAAAAAAAACCUGAAUGUGAUAUAUGUACUGAUGAUGAGAGGACCCUGGGUGUACUAGCCAAUAAAGUAACAAACAAAUAGAGAAAGUGAACAAAACACCCACCAAGCGAGGAAUCUGAAUAUGAGUUAUAAAUGAAACAACACUAAUAACAUGUUUCUGUGAAACUGUUCAAUUAGUCUGAACCCUGUACGUAAUAAUGCAACAAAAGGAAACAACACAAAAUGUCCUAAACUUAAAAAAACAAAACCUAUCACUUACUAUACAGUUUUCCUGAGAGCACCAGCCGUGAAGGCCUUGCUUUCAGCGCAAAAGAUGAGGAGCACACGUGCCAAUCUGUACCGCUUAAGAGACGACCAGUCGAAUUCUUUAUGUACAUAGAAGAGCUAUCUCUAACCUAUCUGACCUUAAUUUCACACGACCUUCUUUCCGGGUUGGCUUUUCCGGAGCCACCCGCACACCCACACGUAGGUAUAUCUGCCCUUUAGUCGCUUUUAAUGGAGAGGAAAAAUGAUUAGUAGAUAGCUCGCAAUCGCUACGCGACUGAAACUAACGAAAAAAAGUUGCAACCGAAAAAAAAAACAAAAAACUCGAACAGCUAUCAAACUAGAGUAGAAGGGAAGGAACAUCCCGCCAAGAUUGUUACCAGCAUGAAUAUAUGUAUUUUGUAAUAAAGAUGAAAACAAACGAAAACAAG